UGCCAGCAGGGAUCACGUGGCUUGCGUAGCCCUCACUGUCUCGUACGCAGCCAUUUUCUUAGGGAGCUCUUAUGUCAACGACCCUCUGAGAGUACGUGAGAAAUCUGAACUGCUUCCGGGUCUGUUUAUCAACUCCAAGGGGCAGCGGUGGACAACACGCCUCAGCACUUAAGACUCCCGGGCCUAGUUCAGGGUGUCCUUUAACUUAGUUUUAGAAAGAAGUAGCAACUCGUGAAGAAGAUAGGGCCUUGGCCUUUGAAACGUGCCACCCAACCGGCAGGGCCUAGAUGGAAGUCUGAGAAGUGCGAAUAUCCUUCCGCGAGCUUCGAGAAAGGAGCUCUCCUUUUAGAGUGGCGGCUAAGGGGGGGGGGUGUAGGCCGGAAGUUGUAGAGCGGGGCUGAAGUUUAGCCAGGGAAGGGCGGAAGUAGAGUGCCUAUUCUGCAAUCAUGGCUCAGGAAGAGGAAGAUGUUAGAGAUUACAAUUUGACGGAGGAACAGAAGGCGAUCAAGGCCAAGUAUCCUCCCGUCAAUCGGAAGUAUGAAUAUUUGGAUCAUACAGCUGAUGUCCAGUUACAUGCAUGGGGAGAUACUCUGGAGGAAGCGUUUGAACAGUGUGCCAUGGCCAUGUUUGGGUACAUGACAGAUACUGGGACUGUGGAACCCCUCCAAACAGUAGAAGUAGAAAUUCAAGGCGAUGAUUUACAAUCUCUUCUGUUUCACUUUUUGGAUGAGUGGCUUUAUAAGUUCAGUGCUGAUGAAUACUUCAUACCCCGGGAAGUGAAAGUACUUAAUAUUGAUCAAAGAAAUUUCAAAUUACGGUCAAUUGGGUGGGGGGAAGAAUUUUCACUGUCUAAGCACCCUCAGGGAACAGAAGUCAAAGCAAUAACAUACUCAGCAAUGCAAGUCUAUAAUGAAGAGAAGCCAGAAGUUUUUGUAAUCAUUGACAUCUAAGAUACCAGAAAGAAAAAAAAGACUCCUAGGAAGAACUGAUUUCUUUUUUCUUUUUGAGAAGAUGCAACAGUUCAAUUUCUAUAGUAUCUUUGGUAAAUGGGAAAUUACAGAAUGGAACUUU